CACGACCAUCUACUGUACUCGCCUUCGGUUAGCUCAUCAGUCAGCAUCUUCCUCGAACCACUGGCCAGAGAGACAAGCAACGCCCAAGGGUUGGUGGAGGCGAUAUUGACAAGAGACAUUACUCUAGCGUAAUUAGCGUAUUCCAAAGACUUGCUGGCGUCAUAUUUGUUAUCGACCAACCAUCUUGCCAUUCAUCAUCUCUCACCCCACGUCCAGUUCCCCAUCCCUCCAUCCUCCAUAGCCUCCAUCUCCUCCCAUCAACUCUACUCUUUACUCUCCAUCUCGUCGCCAUCUUCAUCCCCAUUCCUCGAGUCGCCUACGACGCCUGGCUUUUACCAUCUUUCUCAUCGCUUGAGGAGCGCGGCCCUCUUCCACCCUUAACAUCAUGGCCGCCACCCGGACACUCAAGGUCGAUGUGACCUCCGAUUACCUGUGCCCAUUCUGCCUCCUUGGCAUGCGGCAACUCGAGCUCGCUAUCCAGAAGUACAGCGAGCGCGAACCCGAGCCAUUCAACGUCGAGAUCUGCAUGCGCCCCUUCCAGCUUAACGGUCUCAUCUCCGAGACUCCCAUGCAGCGCUCCGAGUAUGGCGAGAAGAAGUUUGGCGCAGACCGCUGGAACUGCGUGUGCGACUCCCUCGCUGCCAAAUUCAAGUCGGUCGGUAUCGAUUACAAAACGGACGGUGCAAUGUCGCAAAGCCACCUCGCGCACCGCCUGACCGAGUAUGCGGGACAGGUCAAGCCAGCCUCGCAGCUUGGCGUCUCAAUGGACAUUUUCAACCUCUACCACGUCAAGGGUGUCCAUCUGAGCGACCGCGAUGGACUUGCAGAGAUUGGCGUCAAGCACGGUCUCUUCCCCAACAAGGAGAGCGGCCUCGCGUGGCUCGCCAGUUCCGCGUGUGACCUCGAGGUCAAGAAGCAGUACCAGACGGCGCAGCGGAUGGGUAUCACCGGUGUGCCCUUCUUUGUGUUCCAAGACAAGUAUGCGGCGUCGGGCGCCAUGGGCGUUGACGAGUUUGUCGAGAUUCUUGCCGACAUCAACAAGCGCGAGAAAGACCAUCGGUCUAGCCCGCUCGUGUUCCAGACUGGCGAGCAGUGCGUCCAGACUGGUGAGCAGUGCCCGAUCCAGACGGGCGGCGGGCACCUGCCGCCGACCCCACAGCCCGCGGCCGCGACUGCCGCGCGCUAGUUGUACAUUUCGGAUAUCAAGUGACGAGGCGUGCGAGUCCGACGUCCGCGACGGACGGUGUCUGUAGUUUGUAGGUCCUGUGAGG